ACGUUGCCGGAAGGCGGCAGCGGCAGCGGCGGGGGCCGGAGCGGCAGCAGGAUGCUGCCCACCACGUCGUUCAGCGCUGGCAGCCAGGGCAACGGGGCGCUGAGCCCCAGGGAUGCUGCCAGGCACACGGCUGGGGCCAAGCGCUACAAGUACCUGAGGAGGCUCUUCCACGUCCGGCAGAUGGACUUCGAGUUUGCUCUCUGGCAGAUGCUUUACCUGUUCACCUCGCCGCAGAGGGUUUACAGGAACUUCCACUACCGGAAGCAGACCAAGGACCAGUGGGCGAGGGAUGACCCUGCUUUCUUAGUCCUUCUCAGUGUCUGGCUCUGCGUGUCUACUGUAGGAUUUGGAUUUGUGCUGGACAUGGGUUUUUUUGAAACAGUAAAGCUGCUGCUUUGGGUUGUGUUCAUAGACUGCGUAGGUGUUGGCCUCCUGAUUGCAACUCUGAUGUGGUUCAUUUCUAAUAAGUACUUGGUGAAGCAGCAGAACAGAGACUAUGAUGUGGAGUGGGGAUAUGCCUUUGAUGUUCAUCUGAAUGCUUUCUAUCCACUUCUAGUCAUUUUGCAUUUUAUCCAGCUGUUUUUCAUCAACUAUGUCAUCAUAUCCGAUUCUGUCAUUGGGUAUUUUGUUGGGAACACAUUAUGGCUGAUUGCAAUUGGCUAUUACAUCUAUGUGACAUUCCUAGGAUACAGUGUAGCAGUGAAUUGGAAGAAAAUGAGCUUGUUCACCUCCAUGUUGCCAACAGCACUCGUAGCAGACUGCACUCUGAAUGAACAUCUGAAUAAACAACUCACAGGAUUUUUUGUGAAUAGAUCCAAUGAAAAAAAUUAAAAGUAUGAGAGCACCAGGGACAUCAAGAUCCUACAGUUAAAGAAGAAGCAGUCAUGCCUCCCUCACCUUGUUAAAAAGACUCAAUAAAAUUGGGAUGGUUUGCUUUUAUCCUAUAAUAGCGAAGACACAACGCAAUAAAUUCAUACCUGGAAAGGCAAAACUUCCACAGUUGUGUUUAGAAGUAUAUCUCCUGGAUGCUCUGGAUUGCCACUGUGAAACAAGUACCUAUAAAUGAAAAGGGAAUAAAACAGUCUACAUAAACCAGUCAGAAUUAGCUAAGUUACUGGUUUACAUGUUAAUAGUCACAUGACAAAUGGUGCGAUGAUAAACAUAACUUUUAUACUAGACCUGCAGCAGCUGAAGAUAAGAAAUGAAAGAUGCUUACAUGUACUGCUGUAAAUUAGAUGGCUAAAGUUUUACAUUUUGGGACAAUAUUUUACUUAGGAAGGUAGUUUCCCAUAAUCUGAUCUUGAGGGAUUGUAUUACAGAAAGUGACCAGCACUGGAGUCACCAUGUCCUGGCAUGCACCAGGAUCACCCCCAGAAGCAGGAGCCCUGCCUUCCUUCAGCUUCUCCCCAUUGCUCCCCAAUGGGUCACCCCCCUCGUGCCCACUGUAUGAACUCUGCAAAUCCCUUUUGAAACCAUUCUGGGAAUCUACCCAACUCAACGUUUUGCCAGGCCAGUUUGCCUCAAGACCAACUUUACAACUCAGAUUCAUUGCAACGUCUCACUAAUAACCAUGCCAGGAAUUCCCAACCAAGAUCCAAACCUUUAAUGUUACCUGAAUUCAAACUUUCACAAAUAUGGAUAUUUUUCUUUUUAAAACACAAACACAUGUUUUUGAUGUGCAUGCACACAGAUAAAAGGACCUUUUUUAAUACUUGUACAAACUCCCUGUUACCCUUAUUCAUCUGCACAUUUAUUUAAAUUUCUCUUUUAAUUUUAAAUGGGACAGAGUAAAUACAUUUAAAACUGUCUCAAAAAUACCCUCCCACGUAAGUGCAAGUGUUCAAAUUCUAGCUGUCCACUCUCAAACAACUUUUGCAUACUACAAGUGUGUAAUGUUACAACAUGUUACAAAAGACACAAUUUAAUUCCCCUUUCUUUAUCCACGUAACACAAACUUCCUAACUCUUUUGAACAGGUAUUAUGCAAUCAAGUAACAAUAUCUUUUACCACUAGGUGGUAUCCACGCUUGAAAAAUUGUUCAUUACUUACCAUUUUUUUUCUAGUGGACCACAGAUUUUAUUCAGAUUACUGUCAAAUCUACCUAGAUAUUACACCUACUCAGAUGCCACUUUUAACAAGCCUAUUUUGCUUUUAAAUACGUUUAAAUGAAUAUGUAAAAACCUAUCAACACAUUUCAAAACCUUUCUUCAAUUGGAACUUAAGAGAAAUUAACAGCAAGCACCAUCUUUAAUAUUAAAUACAUCACCAGCCAGAGAUAAAAUUAAUUCAGAAAUUAUCACUUGAUUAAUAUUACAAACACUAGCUCAAUUUGCAAUUUAUGAAGACAUAAUUUGAGAUGUAAAUUCCUGUUUGUCUAUAUCCAGUAUGUCUGAAGCUGGGUAAGUACUUGCCAUUAAUCUAUACUCCACAGCUACAAGACAAAUAGAAGAAAACAGAGAGCUCUGACUCUGACUUAAGAAAUGUCUAUGAUAAAAAAAAUUAUAGAAGCCAUUUAAAAAAAUACACAGAGAUAUACAGCAUUUCUUUUAUCAAGGCUCAGAAGGAGAGUAAAACCACACACUGUGAUGUAAGAAAGCUACAUUGAUUUCUAUUGCACUGGUUUUAGCAGAACUGCACAGAAGAAAUUGCAAAACAAAACUGGAUUCAGUAGACUUCAGCAUUGUAUGUGCUUCAAGAAAAAUAAAGUCAUAGAAUUAUAGAAUAGUUGAAAGUUGGAAGGGACCUUAGAGACCAUCAGGUUCCAACCUCCCUGCUAUGAGCAGGGACACCUCACACUAGACCAGGCUGCACAAAGCUUCAUCCAACCUCAUCUUAAUCACCUCCAGGGAGGGGGGCAUCAACAACCUCCCUGGGCAACCUAUUCCAGCACCUUACUACCCUCAUGGUGAAGAAUUUUUUCCUAGUGUCUAACCUAAAUCUCCCCUCUUUUAGUUUAAAUCCAUUACCCCUUGUCCCAUCACUGCCCUCUCUGAUGAACAGUCCCUCCUCAGCUGGAAUUUCUACAGAGACUUACUUUAAAAUGCAAGUGAAGAAACACAUUAAGGUGCUGCCAUCACAUGCUCCACCUAAACCACAGACACGUAGCUUUUCCUUAGCACUUUCUAGAUCACACAUCUUAUUUCUGAGAAGUCACACCUAAAAAGCCACAAAGAAUCUCCACACGAUCUGUGAUCACUAUGCUCUUGGCGAAUGAUAAAGGGUUUAGGAUGUUUGGGUGGGUUUUUU